AUGCAGUAUAGUUUAUGGAGGCCAUAUUCCUUUAGCGAAGCUCUCAAUCAGUCAGUUGAUAUCUUAGGGAAUGUUGGUAUAGUUAUUCAAAAGAGAAUUCCAAAAGAAUAUCUUGAACUCAUAGCACAUAAGGAUGAUAGGUGUGUGGUAGACAUCGAAUCAAUUAUGAAACUAUUGGAGUUGAAUUGCUUACGUGUUGUAUUCUUAUGGAAUGAGUUAGAUCUAGUAGCAUUUGAGUUACAAGAUAUAACCACAGGGGCCAGAAAAAUGGAGUACAAGAAGCAGGGAAAGGAGCUUGAUAUUCGCGGGAAAUUUGUUGUUAUUAGAAAGGAGUUGGUGCUUGAGCGAGUUCUUCAACAGUGUAGAACUCGGGAUAUUCAAUUUGUGGUAGCUACUAAAGAUUAUCUCGAAGGUUUGAUGUUUUGUAAGGGCCUAGGUGGAAUUGGCGCCAUUUUGAAGGCUAGGGAGGAGAUAUGCAAGCUGCUUCAAGAGGAAAAGGAUGAGAAAGGUGCCUGA